GAACUAGAAAAGCCACGAACCAAAGAAACUCAAAUUGUCUAGUAUCCAUCUUGGGCGAGUGUGCAUCGGAUUUUCCUUUUUUUCCACCUGCUUUUCUUUAGUCAGGGCGACACAUAACGACCGAAAAUGUUUCCAGAUUUAAUGGCCCUGAAGGGCCUUUUUAAAAUUGAUCCCAUUAAAACCGAUAACAAUAUAUUUCGUUGCCACUACAAGUUGACGGUGAUUUUUUUAGCUGUGUCGGCGACGUUGGUUUCCUUGACUCAAUACGUCGGUGAUCCUAUCGAUUGCUUCAUCAACGCCGAAAAGAGUCCGUUUCCCAACAAAGUUCUCGACAACUACUGCUGGAUCCAUUCUACUCAUACUCUGCCGAAUCAGCCGGGCAUCAAGGCGGACGGAUCCAUGCCCAUUCCCGGUAUUGGUACCCCAAAAGAGGGUGAAGAAAUGAGAUACCACAAGUACUACCAGUGGGUUGGAUUCUUCCUCAUGUUCCAGGCCAUCACCUUCUAUUUGCCUCGAUUCAUCUGGAAAUUCUGGGAAGCCGGAAGGAUGAAGACCUUGGUGGAAGAUUUGAGCUCCUCCGUCAUGCCGUCAGAAGUUGAAAAAGCGGCGAAAGCGAACCUGGUCGAAUAUCUUUUAGUCAAUGUCAAUCAGCACCAAAUAUACGCCUUCAUCUUCUUCGGCUGCGAAGUGCUCAACGCCAUCAACAUCGUCGGUGAGAUAUUCUUGGUGGACACGUUUCUCGGUGGCGAGUUCACUGAAUACGGCGGAAAUGUUCUCGCCCAAACCGGAAUGGAUCCGGAAGAUCGUGUCGAUCCAAUGUCAUACGUAUUUCCCAAAGUGACCAAAUGCUUGUUCAAGAUGUACGGCCCGUCUGGAACUGUCCAACGCUUUGACGCCUAUUGCGUUCUACCCGUCAACAUUCUGAACGAAAAACUGUUCAUUUUCCUUUGGUUUUGGUACGUCAUUCUCGCCGUUGUGACCGGCAUCGGCCUAUUGUACCGAAUCUUCACUCUGGUUUUGCCCAAACUUCGAAUGUUCCUCCUGCGGAGACGAACCGGACGCGAUUUAAAUGUCCGCCAAGUCGAAACCGUCUUCCGCCGAUGUCAGAUCGGCGAUUGGUUUGUCCUGAUGCUCGUGAGUAGCAAUGUCAACCAGUGGAUCUUCCAGGAAGUGAUAGACGAACUCGCUGAAAAGUUCAAAGGCAAAGACAUUUAAAAAAUAAUUAUUGCAAUUAAGCGUAUUAAUUUGCAAUUAUAACGCGAUGAUGAAUGCGUCGUUAUUUUUCUAUCAAUAUAAUCUUUCGCCAUUUGUAUAAAUUAUGCGCGACGUUUAAUGCAAAAUUCAGCUUUUUUAAAACGAAUCGCGCGUCUACUGUGUGUAGUUUUUUUGAAAUUGUAUACACGGAAAGGUUUUUAUUUCUCAUAA